UAUAUAAGUAACAUGAUUCAGAGUGUUGUGUUUCAGCUCUCGAGGCUCCGGCUUGGCAGCUGUAUCGUUCCUAGUCCACAAGUACGAUGUAAGGGCUAUUUGAGCCGACCCCGCUUAAGGAAUCCGUACUGGAAUCUUCGAAAAGAACGCACCAAUACGGAAGAUUUUGUGACUGCAGAAAAUCAACAUUUUGUCAAUGAGCUAGUUUAUGACAAAUACGGUACUCCAGCGCUUAUCAAGAGCAUACAAGCCCAUGCCAAUAAAUUUAUCCAGACCUAUGAUCCGGAAGAUGGCAUUCGUCCCUGGUCCCCGCACACUAGGCGUUGCGGUGUAAUAGCACGUAAGAUUGGUCAGUACCCGCUAUGGCUUAAAAAUGGCAAAAAAGUGCGCACCACAUUGUUGCAGAUUGCUGAUAACCAUGUUAUUAAGUACAUGCCACACGAAGAAUGUCGGCCUCAAAAGAAUUUGAGCCGUGUUCAUAAUUCGAACCAGUAUGGCUGUCUCCUCGUGGGCGCUGAAAGUACGAACCCAUCCAUGCUGACUAAAGAAUACUGCGGGAUAUUUCGCGAUGCAGGCGUCGUACCAAAAAAAAAUAUCAUGCGUUUUAUGGUCUCACCAGAUGGAGCACUAGCACCCGGAACACCUUUAAAUAUUUCCCGCUUUCGCGUUGGAGAAUAUGUGGAUGUUCGCGGCAAAACCGUGGACCACGGUUUCCAAGGUGUAGUCAAGCGACACGGCUACAAGGGCAUGCCUGCUUCACAUGGCGUUACCAAGACUCAUCGCCGUCCCGGUAACAUUGGAGGUGGUGGCGAAAAGGGACGUGUCUGGCCUGGUACAAAGAUGCCUGGUCAUAUGGGUAAUCGUUGGCGUGUUCUUAAAGGCCUGCGAAUUUGGCGCACUAACGCAAAGUACAAUGUCAUGUGGGUGCAAGGUAGCUCAGUGCCUGGACCUACCGGUGGCCUCGUAUAUAUAUACGAUACGAUUUUGCCCCUGCGGAAGCUGAAGCAAGCUCCGCCAUUUCCGACAUUUUGCGGUGAGGUGGACACUACUUUUGAGGACAUUUGGUAUGAACAGAUGCACAAGUUUAAGGAUGAAACUAUUAUAUACAAGUGUGAUUAGUUUUAUUUUUUAUCAAUUAAAAAAGUCUUUAUAUCUAAUAAAAUGAAAGUUAUACAAAAUAAA